AUGUCCCAUCCUCAUCCCUUCUCGACUUAUACCAAUAACGAUAAUCCCCUAUCAUCCCCCGAGAAUCACUCGGAUAUGAUCAGGACUUCCCUGUCCCUACACUCUCCAUCAAUGACGUCCAUUCGACCUCCUACAACCCCCUUACCUACUUCUGCUUCAACUUCUACUCCCUUACACCAUCAAUACUCUUAUCCGGCGAUGCAGCAUAAUCAAAGCUAUCCACCGCCAUCGUCUGUUCAGCGAUACGAACCUCAAAGGAACGAUUCUUACCCUCAAUGGCAAGUACAUACUGACCAUUAUCAACAUGCACACUAUCCUCAUACUCAGCCUCAACAGCGAUAUCACCAUGAUUUAACACCGGAACCCUCUCGAAGGACGAUUGAUCAAUCUCAAAUCGCAUCGAUACCGCAAGGUCACAUAUAUUCUCCUCAUGCUAUCAGAGCCUCGACCCAUGAAUCACUCAAUCAAUCUGCCCAAGGUGUUUCAAGAUCUACGUAUCCCCAUGAGAUCUCGCCUGAACAAGACACAACCAGUGGAAGCAACAAGAAGAGACCUAGGCAGAUAUCCAUAACGGCCAAUGCUCAAAAUCAGUCAUCUUCUAACGAGAGUCAAAGUGAGACUCCAACACCGAUGAAAACGAUGUUUUGGGAUGUCAAUACAAAAUCACCUAUCUCAGCAUCUUCAUCAACCGUGGUCCAGUCUGAACCCACGCCCACUACCAAGAACACGUCCCAUCAUCAUCCGACGACGAUAUCGAUCUCCGUUCCGUCAGUAUUGACAAGAGAGAAGAAGCAAAAAGCAUGUACAAAUUGCCGAAAGGCCAAAUUGAAGUGCAUCUUGGAGCAGGGCUCACAAGAAUGUGUAAGAUGUAAAGUCAGGAAAGAGAAGUGCAUCUUCUUCCCCAAGUCACAGGAAGAUGAAACCCAGCAAAAGCUCAUCCGAGAUGUAUACGAAGCUACUGAUCAUCUCAGCCAGCUGUCCAAAGCGGUACAUCAUAUACUUCAUCACCUGACGGAGAAAAAUAUCAUCCCACCAUUCGUUUCCGCCGAACUUCCCAAAGGAUUAGAUCAUUACGAUCCACCUGAGAGACCGAUUCUAUAUCAACAUCAACAAGCUGGUGAGCCCAAUGCGGGAAAAAGUGAAGAGUCAAGAAACACCGGAGGCAGAGGCAAGAGACGGAAAGUGAACAACAAAGUGGAUGAGGAUGAGUUGGAUGAACUAGAAGAAGAGGAGGGUCCGGGUACCAAACCUUCUACAGCGACUGCCGCCACCACUGGGGAGAUCACCCCGAAUGGAUCAAGUGCCAGCUCAAGCAUACCUUCUGUGCUGCAUGGAUCAAGUUUGACCAAAUCUCAGAAUGACAGCCACCACAGUGGCACUGGCAAUUCGCAUCCAUCGACGGUCAUUACCAGACCGCCCUACACGGCGGUCUCUUCUGCGCCACCAUUUUCAGCUUCGACAAGACUCCCACCGCCCCUGAUCCCUCCUAAUAGACCUAUGUCCCAUACACCACCGCUACGUACGAGUCCAGUAGAUACCGCACAACUCAUUCAUCCUUCGAUUGGUCAAGUCCUUUCCUCAAGUGGGGAGGGGUGGAACAUCGGUCAACCUCCUCAGGAUGUAGAGAUGAGAAGUAUAUCACCACGUACAAGGAUGUCAAGUCCACCUAUCCUCACUUCGUCCUAUGUACAUAGUCCUUACACGCAAGCGGAUCUUCAUUCAGCUGAGAAUCCGGACCGACCUCCCCACAAUGGAGGACUCUCCUCAUCUGAGGAACACACUGUAACUCCUGAUUCUCAGAUGGAUGUGGUAUCGACCAAAGAUACUGAGUUGAUGGUCAUUGGAUCGCAAGACCCUAGAAAAGAUAUCGUCAAGAAAGGUCUUGUAAGCGCCGAGGAUGCAUUAUUUCUUGUCAAUUAUUUCCAUAAAAGUAUCUCACCGUUGUUAUAUGGUUAUCCACUAGAAUUCCAUCAUUUCCCCUACAUAGCCGGUCCACAAUAUAUAACCCCCUUACUCCUAUCGGUCUUAUGCUUAAUAUCAUCAGAAAGAGUAUCAUCGUAUCAUAAGAAGUAUCAUCGGGUUCUAGCAGAAGAAGUGACCACGUUGUUACAGACCUCUCCAGCGGAAAGUUGGCAGAGGUUCGAAGGUGGUUAUACACCUGAUUUCGGAGAUCCCGAAGGAGAUGAACCACUAGAUGCGGAAUUUGGAUUAGGACCAGAAGAGAUUGCCGCUGCGUGUAUAUUGGCUACUUACAUGACGGAGAGAGAACAGGCUUCGGUAAUUGCCAGGUCCGCGUUUAGGUGGGCAAGAGGAUGGAUCAAGCUUCUGAAAUCCUCGACUUCGCCUAGAUUCACCAUUGCCGCUUCUGUGGGUCUUGUUCCUCCUGAAAGACACGCAACCGAUCUGGAUAUGGCUAGGAUAUGGUUAUUGUGCUACAUUGUCGAUAGUACCGAACGACUUCAACUUUCACUCGAUGCCCCACCACCUCGAGACGCCUUGUCAUUUUGUUACAUGCUUAUACCUCCCACGAGUCCCAUGGCUCAUGGUCAAGCACGACACUCCACACAAGAUGUAUUACUCACUUUCCAUGCUAGACUGAUUUCGGUCCUCAAUAAAUGGAGACAUAAGUUUAAAUCUCUCAUCAGUGCGUCUGAAUCACCAGUAGAAUUAGUCGAACAGCUGAAGAAUCUAGCUGCCAAGGUGAAUGAUGAGUUGGUAUGGUGGGAAUCCGAAUUUGAAAAUGCCCUAGGACGAAGUGUCACCUUUUCAACUGCUGAUAUAACCAAGAAUGGCAAUGAAUCACCCACAAUGGAUAAUACUCGUAUGGCAUUUGGAUUGCGGUUGGGUCAAUUAUCAAAGCAACAUAUCAUGAUCACCUUUCAGUUCGUUAGGAUGUCUGUGAACUCGACUCUAUCGAAAUAUUUACCUUCCUCAACGAGUUACACAACGAUGUCUUAUCCCCCCUCGAAUGAAUUUGAAGAAAGACAAUUGAAAGAUUAUCAUCUCAACAUCACCUCGAAGAAGAUCGUCGUCGAAUCUGCAAUCAGAUUUUUGGAAAUCUGCAAAAAUUGGUAUAGUUAUGGUUCUGGAAUGGAAGAAGACAAAGAUAGAGAACAAAGUUUGUUUAAUCUGAGUCCGACAUAUUUGUUCUUCCUCACUCUGAUGGGAAGUGAAUUGAUGGGAAUUGUAAAAGAGUCUAAAGAAGGUGUUAGUCAUACGGAUACGACGGAUAUCAAAGCUGACGAUGUCAUCUCAUUGUUGAAAUCAGUAGGAGAAAUGUUAUUCCUUGGUGAAUUAGAUGAACAACAUGUCAGUAGAACAACAGCUAAGACUUUGUUCUUGUAUUGUGAGAAAUUACAGAAAUAUAGAUGA